UUUUUGUGUAAUUAGAAAAUUUACUUGGAAUUCAGAGUGAACUUUAUAUUUCACUCUGGAAAUUAUUAGUUUUUGUAAUCUGAUGUUUCUCUGGUGACGGAAAGUAGACGGUUUUGCAGUAAUUUUGUUGUCGUCUAAUCUAAUGAAAUGACCGUACACCAACUGUGGCUGUAGCACCUGGGCGUGCGUCUUGUAAAAUAUGUUACAAUUAAAUUAUUUUUAAAUUUUAAUUUUCUACGAAUAAAUGAUUACUCUUAAAAACAAUAUUUCAAUGAUAAUUAUUAUAUUAUCAUUGAAUUCAAAUUGAAUACAUUCCAUUAUACGGUAAUCAGCUCCGAACUCGACAGUCCUACACCGUGCAAUUAAUUAACAAGUUUUACCAAGAUAUACUAAAUAGUCGAAAAUAUGCGAAUAGAAAUAAAAGUGAACAAACAGAAUCCGAUGUCGUUUAACUUUUAUAACUGUCGUAUAUAUUAUAAUACACCGAUGCGCCAUGAUCGGCAUGAUCGUAAUGUCCAAAGGAGCAAAGGUGUCAAAAAUAAAAAUAGACGACACAUGAACACGAACACACAGAAUCGAAUAUCGUUUCACGCUGAUAACUGCCGUAAUAAGCGAACAUAUUAUUAUAAUACACCGAUACCCCGUGAUCGUUAUGUCCGGAGGCGCGAAGUUACCAAAAAGAAAGGAAACCGACGAUGUUACCGGUGUCAGAGUGAAGAUCACUUGAUAAACUACUGCGUCGUUCCCAAAACGCCCAGACGGGCGUCACCGUUGCCGCCGUCAUCUGCAGUGUCGCCGGGGCCACUAGAGCGGCCGGCGUUAUCUGUAUCGCCGGAGCCACUAGAGCGGCCGGCGUCAUCUGUGUCGUCGGAGCCACUAGUGCGGCCGGCGUCACCUGUCUUGCGGGGACCACUAGUGCGGCCGGCGUCAUUUGUGUGUCCGCAGCCACUUGUGCGGCCGGCGUCAUCUGUGAUGCCGGGACCACGGCCACUUGUGCGGCCGGCGUCAUUUGUGUUUCCGCAGCCACCUAAAGAAUUGAAAGAACAACAACAGCAAUCUGGCGAUUGA